CAAUUCACCUGUCUCGCUCGAAUUGCAGUCCGGACUCAUUGACGGCGUUAACAUACCCGAGACAUCUCACCGCGAUAGCUCAACUCUCACUCAAAAACUCACACACCACUUCUCAAAUACCACCGCGCAUGUCUCAGUCUAACAGUAGCCACCGCAGUCGCGCCCUCACCAAGACAACCCGCUCGGGAGACACAACCAUGGCCCGGACGCGGCGCUCCUACUCGCCAUCCUCCCGCUCGCGCUCCUCCUCCGCGGGACCCCGCGAUCACCACAAGAAGCCCGGCAUAAAAACCGCAGCCGUCUUCAUAGCCGCCAUCGCCGUUGCCUCCCUCGCCGUACACAAGCUCUGGCCGCGCGGCAUAAUCCACUCGGAAAAGGAGCACUGGGAGCACUCGCCCUCGCCGGGCGGCCGCCGGUCUCGCAGGCGCAACGCCAUACGGGAUCGGCACAACGGGUAUAUCGACUACGACGACCACAAUGUCUGGGACCGCAAUGACCAUCCCCGCGACCGGCGGCGACUGCCUGAGAGGGAGUAUUAUCCUCCUCGUAGCCGCGGCGGCGGACGGUCACGGGGCUACGGAAGUGAGAGCGAGGGGGAUUCAUACUACUCUGAUGACUACCUUCCAUCCCCGAGCGAAAGACGAGGUAGACUCGAGGGAGACGGCCGAGGGCGAUCACGCGAUGUUGGCGCGGAAGGAGAAAAUGAGAUGGUAAGAUAUGAAAAGCAGUCCAACAGGUCAGAAGCUGCUGGUAGUCGGUUUGUGGAGGAGCGGUUACCGAGACCACGAUAUAAUGAAGCUGUGGAGGAUUGGAGCCGGCGCGGUGGUCAACGAUUUCCGUCACCACCCGGCGAGCCAGAGUAUGUGGAUCGAAGGUCGCGGCGGAGGUCUGAUUACUACUAGACGGUUGAAAUCAUGUUGUCGUGAGAUGUCGGCAUUACAGUCGCAAAAUUUGAACGAGCCUGUGAAAUAAAGCCAUGUAAGAUGCAUGGUUACCAUGAUAUGCUAUUUGGCCGUGUUGUU